UCAUUUCAAUUAGAGUAUCAUAGGAAGAAGAUAGAUAGUAUCAUCAUGUUCGAAGAUCAAAUUGAAGAGAAACCAUCGAAGAAAUAUAACAAAAAGUGCAUUAGUAAUAAGUAUCUAACUGGGCACAGUGUUAAACAUGGCAAUAUUAGUAAGAAGAAUCGCGAUCGUCUUUUCAGCUGGAUUUCUGAUAAAAAUGGAUUCAUUGAUAAAGACAUCAACUCUUUUAUUGAAUCAGAUUGUAUUCCUACAAACAAUGUAGAAAAACAGACGCAUGUAGCAAAGAGUCGUUUGCAUUUUGUGAAAAAUCAAGAUGACCAGAAGCAAUACGCUCUGGAACUUUCGUUAAACAAAAGGAAUCGUUGGAAUACAGUUCAACAAACUGAAUACAGUGAAUCUGCUGAAAGAUUAGAUUAUAUAAGCGAAAAUAAUUAUUCUAUACUUCUACUACGCCAGACUCAACAAAAAUUAAUAAAGAAGAAUAUUGCAGAAGGUCAAACUUUCUACGAUAAAAAUGGAAAAGUUCGAAAGAAUAUAAACGGAAAGCGUAUUCGUUCAAAAAUCAUAUCUGAAAGUAAAGAAAUCAAAAAGCCUAAUAACGAAUUAGAUAUUGAUAAUACCGAAAUUAUGUUUGAAGUUUAUCGAUGUAAAUCGGCAUGUUCAAGGAAACGAAGGCAUGAAACUUUCAAGUUAAAAGAAAAAGUCGGAAAUAGAGUUAAACUUGAAACUUAUACUCAACACUUUAAAAAUGAGGUCUUAAGUAAAGCUGAUUUUCAAUAUUCUUAUGAUGAUGAUGAUGAUGAUGAAUUUGAAGAAUACGAUGAUUGUGAAUACUCAAAUGAAGCUCCUGCAAAAAUCUGUCUGGCUGAUUUCUUUUCAAGACCACGUUUAAAAGAAAAAUCGAGAAAUUCAUCACAAGCAAGCUUGGAAUCUCAAAAUACUGCUAGUUCUCGUAAAGGACAAACAGUUGUUCUCAAUGAAAACUAUACAUAUAAUUAUAAAAAUCAAAAAUAUGAUAGUCUUCCCCCUGAAAACCCUAUAACUGCAAACUUUGAAUUUUCUCUACCUACUAGUUGUUCACUCUCCUUUGCUGAUUGUGAUCUAGAAGAUAUUCCUAUCAUUGAAAGUCAAAGUACACCUCCUCUCUUUCUUCUAGACGUUUCAUCUCAGAUACGAACUAUUCUUCUAGCCAGGGGAGAUCUUUCGAGGCGAAAGAAUCUGGUUAGGGCUCUUAUCCUUAUGAAAUAUCAAAGAAAUGAAGAUGCACUAAAUGUUACAAUGACUUUUACUGCCAACAUUACUACAAGCAAUAGACUCCCUCCUACAAAGAGCUUUAGUGUAUCCAAUUUCAAGGAUAUCGUUUACAACUUAAAACAAACGAUAAAUGACUGGUUAAAGGAUGCAAUUCUAAUAGAUAUAUUAGAUCUUUGCAAUUUAUUCUCCACGAAGGAGAUAAAAAUGAACAAAAAUGGAACGAUAAGUGAUUUAAUUCACGAACAUCUAGGAAUGACUCAUAAAAUUCGAUCAAGAGAAGAUACGUUCUACCAAAAUUUGGAGGAGUAUUGGAUUGAGAAUAAAACAAACGUAGAAAUGGCGCAUUUAAAAACUACAAUGGACGAUAACACAAACCUCGUUUGUAAUAUUUGCUUCAUUGAAAUUGAUAAAGGAAAUAGUUUAGCAUUAAAAUGUAACCAUUACUUCUGCAUUCAGUGCUGGGAAAGUCACCUAAAGUUUAAAUUUAUUGCCACCUGUCCUCAGUUUCAGUGUGAUGAACCAGUUAAACUGCCUGUAUACUACGCUUUAUUCGGUUAUUUGUUAACUUAUCGAGUAGAGUCUAAAAGGGUCUCUGAAAGGAAUAUGGGUCAAUGGUUAGCUUGCAAGAAUUUUCAAUGUAACUUAAUGCUAAAAAUGGAAAAUAUGGACAAACUACCUAUGUGUGAAUGCUUAUGCAGUAAACAUUGGUGUUUAGAUUGCGAUGAUAACUUUCACUGGCCAUCUGCGUGUGAACAACAAAAAUUAUACGAUCAAUUACGCAACCCUGGUAAAGGAUCAUCAAAUGCACUGGGACAAGUAGUUGUUCGUGUUAAAUCAUGUCCCUAUUGCAGACGCAAAUUUGAAAAGAAUGGAGGUUGUAAUUCAAUGAUGUGCCACUGCGGAGCUAAUUUUUGUUGGGCUUGCGCUAAGCCAAUGAAAAAUCAUAUCAAUUGUAAACUUUUGGAGGAAGAGAAGUUCGUAUUACGAGAUUACCAAUAUUUCAACAUGAGGAUGAUCAAUCUUGCCGAGACUUGUUCUAGUACUUUGGAAUCUCUCAGAAACUCUUCAGAAAAUCAUGAAAAGUUGUUUCUCUUCUAUAAAGAUCAAUUCAGCUGGUUAAAUGAGCGUGAAAAUAAGCGUUUCUUUAUUAACUUAGUGCAAAAAGUCAAAUUUCAAUGCUAUAAAGAACUAUUUCUCAUUAAGAAUAUGGCCAUCUUUCUUGGAGCUUUUGAUGCAAGGGUGAAAAUACCAAAAGAUUUAUCUGAGAAAUUAACCCAAUCAAGAAAAUUUCUUAGUUCAGUAUAUUACCGAAUCAAACUGCUAAAAAAUUCAGUAGUUGGCAGUAAACGCCACAAACCUCAACUAUCUUUAAAAAAUAUUGAAAAAUUUUCAAUGAGAUCUAGUAAAGAUAUGAAGGAGCUCGUUAAAAUAUGCCACGAGAUAAAAGAAGGGAACUUUCAAAAAUAUAUCUUAGAUUCAUUACACCAUUUAAACUUGUAA